AUGUCUCGCGAGGAAAAACAACUGGAAAUGACCCUGGAUGCGGUUCAAAAUCGCUUGAACGAUUUGAAGGUUUCCAUAGGAGCCAUGGUACAUAAAUUGGAAACUGAAUAUGAAUUUAUCAACUGGCCUACUUUCCUGGAUAAUUUCGCUCUCAUAUCGAGCCAUCUCACUGGCCUUUCGAAAAUCCUGUCGAAAGAAAUAUGCCCUCCACUACGCAAUCGAACCGUACUUCCCUUAAUGCUGUCCCCCGAAAGGGACGAGGCUCUUAUCCAAUUAACACAAGGUCGUGUGCCAGUCUUCUCACACGAUAUUGUGCCGGAUUAUUUGCGUACCAAACCGGAACCAAUGGCCGAACAAAAAAUGUUGCAAAAUGAACAGAAGGCAGCAAAUUUGUCGGCUGAAGCAGCGGCCAAACAAGUGGCCCAGCACAAUAAGGUAGUCUCACACAUACUAGAUAUGGUGAGUAAAAAACGCGAAGAAUGGGACAUUGAGUCAUCAUCCAGGGCUGGCAUACAACAAACUAGCAGUAUGGCUGAUACUAAUACCCUAGUGGCUGCAGUUGGUAUGGGUAAGGGCUUGAAAAUGGUUGUGCCCGGUGGCGGUCCUGGUAGUAUGAUGGUACCGCCGGCAAUUCGUCCACCAGCACCGAUGAGUUCCGUUAGUCCUGGUGGUGUAAGUCAAUUGGGUAAAGCACCAUCGGCCAUAAAGACAAAUAUAAAAUCUGCCAUGCAAGUUCAUCCGUUUCAAAGAUAA